CCGAAGCAAAAUAGAAAUCAGAAGGAUGAGAAUGCCUACUUUAGUAAAUAAUUCAGACGAAAGGAGCUGGUGACAUUAUUUAGAAAUUCAAAACACUACAUCUAAUAAAGAUUUAUGCCCAUGCAACAACAGACUCUUAUGCAUGUAUUAUUUGUGGAAGAUAUGUUGAUGCCAUAACAUCACUGUAAGUAUGGUGAACAAAACACAUCAUUCUGUCUGUGCAUGCUAGUUGUGAAGUACGCUUUACUGUGUGAAGGAUUAUGCAAUGAACAGUAAGACCCCGUGUACAAAAAAUACUUUUUAAAGAUGCAAAAAAGUAUCUGUACAUAUACGUGAACCUAGGAUCUUUCACCUGAUAAAUUCAUUUUAACAGUAUACAGGAAGGGAAUUGCUUAAUCAUAACAGUCCAUAGAAUGUCUGUGUACACAGGAAAGAGGGACUCCAUGUCAUUACCUGUAAACUUCUGUCCGUCUCUCUUGCGUGGACUUAACCGUGGGAGCAUGGAGUCGGUAAUGAGCAUUAAUGGAUCGUGUGAGUCCGGCGACGAUUACAGAUACGCAGAGGUUUCCCAUCCUGCUCAGAUGUUAGCGGGAUUACAGACCUUAAGACGAAACAGCAAGCUGUGUGAUGUUACAUUAUGCGUCGACGGACGGGAAUUCCCGUGUCACAGAUGUGUUCUGGCUGCGUUUAGUUCAUACUUUGAGGCCAUGUUUAGUGGGAACAUGGUAGAGAGUCAGCAAAACAAAGUCACCAUCAACGGAAUCGAAUCCUCCAUCCUAGAAAAAUUGCUAGAUUAUGCAUAUACAUCAGAGAUCACAAUAAAUAGACAAAAUGUUCAGAAUCUUUUAGCAGCAUCUAAUUUACUUGAAAUCAUGCAAGUCAAGGAAGCCUGCUGCCAUUAUUUAGAACAAAACAUGGAUGAAACGAAUGUUGUUGGAAUCCACUGUUUUGCAGAAAUACAUGCUUGUGAUGACCUACAACAAAAAUCUAGAGACUUCAUUCUGCAGAAUUUCACAGCCGUGUCACAAACUGAAGAGUUCAACAAUCUAUCCCAGAGCAAAUUGACGGAACUUCUGUCAGAUGACGAAUUGAUUGUGGAUUCUGAAGAGACUGUAUAUGAAGCCGCCAUGAGGUGGCUGGACCAUAGCAGUGAAAACCGCCUGGGUGAAUUCCACCACGUUCUCGAGUGUGUGCGAUUACCCAUGAUCAAUCCUUACUAUUUACAUGACUUUGUGGAACAAAAUGAUGUCAUAAAAUCUUGUGAACUUUGUAAGAAGCUUGUGGAUGAGGCCAAAAAUUUCCAUCUCCUUCCCGACAGAAGAACAGAAUUCAAUAACAAACGUACAAGGAUACGUAAAUCUGCAGGUUUUGUGGAGGUGGUGGUGGCUGUGGGUGGAGAGGAUGACAAGGUGGUGUUACGGAGCGUGGAGACCUUUGACCCUAUUACAUUGACCUGGAAACCACUCGCUUGUCUCCCGUUUGCUAUCAGUAAACACGGACUUGUUUCUGUUGGUGGUGCUUCCCUCUAUCUGGCUGGAGGAGAGUAUCCAGAUGGGAAUGCGAGCCGGAGUGUCUGGAGGUACGAUCCCUGUCUGGAUACCUGGGAUGAGAUGCAGAGCAUGCAAACCCCCAGAUCUGAGCUAGGGCUUGCUAUGUUGGACGGUUACAUGUAUGCCGUUGGGGGUUGGGACGGCUCUAUGAGGCUGGAUACUGUUGAGCAGUACAACCUAUACACCAAUGCCUGGUGUCUCGUCUCCAACAUGAAGAUGGCUCUGACCAGUCCGGCUGUGGCAGCAGUGGAUGGAUGUCUCUUUGUCACAGGUGGAGCUGUGUUGGAGGAUGGUGAUGGGAUAGAGUUAGUCCAGUGUUACAAUCCACGCUCAGACGUCUGGUCGGAGAAGUCCCCCAUGCUGAUCCCCCGCUCAGGCUCGGGGGCCUGUGUCUUGGAUGGAAUGAUUUAUAUCAUAGGUGGCUGGCAUGCUUCCACAGAGAAUACAAACAAAGUGGAGUGUUUCAAUCCCCGCACCAACCAGUGGACCCAGAAAGCGUCUCUGUCAGAGAGGAGAUACCGCCCUGGAGUGGCGGUGGUGGGUGGGAAGAUCUAUGUGUGUGGGGGCGAGGAGGGAUGGGACAGAUAUCAUGACACAAUUGAGUGUUAUGACCCAGAAUCGGACAGCUGGGAAAUCAUCGCAGAAAUGCAGUCCAGUAGAAGCUGGCUCAGUUGUGUAUCCAUGGUGAUCAGGAAAGAAAUCAUCAACAAAGAAAGAUCCACCCCAUUCUGCAAUGUCUGAUUGUCAGGCUAAUAUUCCACAUGCAUUUUGACUGUCUGAAAGACUAAGUGGUUCCUAUGAAAGCCAUAUCCACAACUCCUACAUAGCAUCACUACACUAUCAUGACCCUUGGUAAUUUUCAUGUAUUCAGUUAACCCCCUUCCCCUUUCCUUUAUUCUACUUUAAAGAACAAAUGUCAUAUCAGAAUACAUUUAUAAAUGAUUCUUGUUUCAUUGUACAUGUAUAUGUUUUCAUGAAAAUCUUGCACUGUCUCUUUUUAAAAAGGAUAUUGCAUGAACAUAACAUUAAUAUAUAGAAACUUAAUGAAAACUAGGUUAGUUUUCACCACUGAUUUUAUAAUGUCAAUCCUUUUUGUCAAAUAAUGUCUGGAGUACCAAUUAUUGUCUCCUAUUCCCAUUUGUAAGUACUUAAGGGAGAACACAAUAAACAUACCAAAUAUAAAGUUGUGUUGUUGGCUGCUAAUUAAUGUAAAUGUGUUCCGCAUUGUUACAAUGCUUUAGAUUGAGUUUUAAGAAGAAAUCCAAACUGUGUAAGGUUGUAAACAGGAGAGCUGGUCUCUUCUCAUAAACAUGUUACUUUUUGACAAAAGGAGCUUUGAAAGGUUGAUGCAAAGUUAAUGUUAUAUGAGUUAUCCCCCUUGACACAUUUUAAAUACAUUCCGUGCUUGUACUAGGACUGCCAAUGUCGAUAUCAUGACAUUACAUGUAUUAAAUCAUAGUUGUAAUGAUUGUAGUCUUGUCAUUAUGUAGAUCUGAGAUUAAAAUGUAUAUACAUUAAACUUUUUAUAUCAAAAUUAUUAAACUCUUUUAUCUAUCUUACAAUUUGUGUUGUCAUCGGUGACAGUUAUAUUUUAACUGUACAAAUCAUAUGAAGAGAGAGUUAAACAAUAAAAUAAAAUGAAAUACUUUCUU